AUGCUUAACUCUAUCCUUGUCUGUCAUAUUGGGUGGGAUCGUGGCCGAGAGCAUGCAUACGAGAACAGUCCCGACAAUGUCGACGUUUUGUCGGGCCGCAACUCGAGGCAUGAGAGUGGGCGACAUGGAUUCGCGGUGUGCUGGUUUGAUGGCAGCCCUGUGGUGGGCCUCCCUAUUGGCUCAUCGGGGGCUGAGGACAAAGCUGGCAUGGCGCUGCUCCGUCUGCCACCUGUCCCGAGAUGGAUUCAUUCACCAGGGAAGAGGGGGGCCCAGCCGUUGUGGGGAUGGGAGAUGGGCUCCGGCGGCGUGUUGAGCUGGCAGAAGGGAUGGAAGUGUCGGGAGACCAAUGGAAGGCUGGGAAAGGGCACGGGGGGGUCUUUGGGCUCGACUUCCACAAGGGGCAGCGCAGUCAUGCAUCAUUCACCAAUCUGA